AUGCUGCCCAGCAAAUUGACAAUGACCUGGCCUGAAGCUCCCCGAGACCUCUUCAGUGAGGUGCUCCCUCAAUGUCCUAUGGCUCACCUCAUUCCAAACUUUCCCUGCCCUGGCCCUCAACGUCAUAAACUUAACUACUACGACGAGUACGUAGCUCCGGCAAAGAGUUUGAACAGAGUCCUCUGUCGAGUUGGCGCUUUCAGCAACUUGCGUUUCACCAAUUGCCCGCAUCACACCAAUGCAAAUUUGCAACUUCUCAAUGACACACUUUUGAGCAUCUCCUACGAGAAUGUUGAAGGAGUGAUCCAACUUGGAGGGGUCAUGGACACGCGUGAUGUUGAAGUGAAGGGAGAAGUGGAUUGUAUGAUUACCCAACUGGCGCAAGUCUUUAACAAGUCCUACCACCCUAUUUGGCACGUGAUUGGUGACAUGGAGACAGCUGUGCGUGAUCAGUAUACUGCUUCGUUUAUGGCAGAUCUUGCACUUUCUGUCGGCAAGACAGAAUAUUCCUCUCGAUGCUGUGGAAAUUUGUACUAUACGACGCUGAUUGGUCCACAAUGGCGACUAGUGGUUUUGGAUGGCUAUGAACUGCUUGCUGUUGAACCCAAGAACACCUUCGAAGCGCCAACACUCGAAAACUCAGAGACGACCGGAGAUGGCUUCAUAAUGCAAAUUAAAAUACGCGAUCCCACAGGAAAGCCGUGUGUGCUACACGACAGCGGACCGACAAAGCGUGUCGGAUGGCCAAAGGAAUUAAUGACGACAGGCGACUUUAUGACUGCUUGCGAACGAGGACGGAUUCCGAGGGUUCGAUUGGCCAUGUCUAGGACGCAGCUCACAUGGCUUACCCACGUUCUCAGGAGUGCGAUGCACUGUAAUGAGAACGUCAUCGUGGCGUGUCAUGCCCCUCUUCAUCCGCUCCUGGUGCGUGAUCGUUCCACACUAGUCGCCAAUUGGCGUGAAGUGUUUAAGAUACUGACAGAAUGCGGUAUCGUGCGCUGCUGCCUCUUGGGUCGCCCUCAUGGGUGCGGCUCCAAGCCCCUAGAAGGCUUCCUUCCCUACCGACGAGACCACGGAAUCCUCUACUACUCCCUGCCACCCGUCACUGACACUGCGGAAUUGCGCAACCGCGUGUCCGCCCACCUCAUUAUUGAUUUUGGCGUCGAUUUCGUGCGAGUUCGUGGUGAGGGCAUUGGACUCUCUCAAGCCGAUCGUGAAUUAGGUGUCAUUCAUUCAUUUCGACCGAAGACACUGCUCACCAAGAAAGAUCGCGAUUACACAUUUGAUGGAGCACUGGAACGCGCCAUUAUGUGA